AUGGCAACAAACAGCUCGGGCGGAAAAGCAUCCGCAGACGACUACUUCAAAGACGUAGACCAUAACCCUCCACCCGACACCCAAACUCACCGCGUCGACGCCGGGUCCGAGGCUGCCCAACGCCCUCACGAGCCACCCUCGGGCCAGUGGAGCAAGGCAGGGGCCGAAACCGAAGAAUAUAGGACUGCCGAUCGAAACGAUCCGUACGAUGCACCUAGCACAGAUAGUAGUGGGAAUGGGAGUGCGUCGGGAGAGAAGCUAAGAUAUGGGGGUACAGAGACGCUCUCUCAGGAUAAGGGUUCCGAGACGAGUUCGCCAGGAGAGGGCCCAGAGAAAACCGAGAAGUUUGGCAGGAAACCUGAGGGACGGUAG